AAAAAAUAAAAGGGACGCACGCUCCACAUAACAUUAAGCCUUACUACUAUUGUACAAGGGACCACGUGCUUCUGGAGACUAACCGUUACCCUCACACUCUGCUGUUUCGUGUAAGCUAUGGAGAGAUUCUCUACGGGUUUGAGGAUUACUGACUUAAACGAUUUUAUAAACCCCUCUCAAGAUUGCAUUAAGUCAGUUAAAACUAGUAAAAACGGAAAUGUAAAAAGUCAUUCUGUCGCUGACGGUUCUGUAUUUCGUAAAGUAGAAAUAAAUUUGAAUGACUGCUUAGCGUGUAGUGGUUGCCUUACCAGUGCUGAAAGCGUUCUAAUAAACGCUCAAAGUUUGGACCCAGUCUAUGAAGUUUUAGAUGAAAAUAAAGCUUACUUAGAAGGCUCAAGUAUUCGAGCUAUUAAACGAAUUGUAGUUUUUUCUAUUUCGCCUCAGUCGUGUGUUUCUUUGGCAGUUUUUUACAAUUACAACUUUGAAAUGAUGAUGGGAAAGAUCGCAGCCUUUUUAAAAAAUAUCGGCGUUCAUUACAUUUUUGACACCCUUUUUUCAAGAAAUUUCUCCUUAAUAAAAACGGCCGAAGAGUUUAUUACUUCAUUCAAGACUAACAAAGGCAGAUUGCCUCUCCUUGUGUCAGCUUGUCCUGGGUUUGUGUGCUACGCAGAGAAGACUCAAGGCUCUUACAUAAUACCGCACUUAAGCACUGUAAAAUCUCCACUUCUUAUAACCGGAUCUUUAGUAAAAAAUUUCCUAGCUGAAAAGAUUGGAAUUAACAAAGAGUGUGUUUAUCAUGUGUCGGUGAUGCCUUGUUACGAUAAAAAAUUGGAAGCAACUCGUCCAGAUUUUUACGAUCCGGUUAAUUCCUCGAGAGACGUCGAUUGCGUUCUCACAACUGAAGAACUGCAAAAGUUAAUGGGAUACUAUAAAGUGGAUCUCACCGUUCUCCCUCCUGCUUCGGUUGACUGCUUUUCUGAUUUUGCAAGCGACGCAGCAUCGCACCCGAAAGCGCAUCGAUUUAUGAAGCAUGAAGGUGGUGGUUCUGGUGGCUUUUGCGAUUUUGUUUUAAAAUAUGCGAGCCAAAAGCUAUUUGGUUUGGCCGUGAACGAGGUAAAAAUGGUCGCUCUAAGAAAUAAAGAUUUCCGGGAAUGCCUUUUGCAGUCGGACGAUGGAAAAGUGCUACUGCGAUUUGCUGUUGCUUAUGGUUUCCGGAACAUUCAAACGAUAUUGCAAAGAAUUAAGAGAAAUCGCUGCGAAUACGAUUUUGUGGAGAUCAUGGCUUGCCCUUUUGGCUGCUUGAAUGGUGGAGGGCAGCUGCGCCAUCAGUCCCUCGAUGCUGUCAAUGACGCGUACGAACGCUUGCCCAGCAUCUCCCCACUGGAGAUGCACUCCGCAUUGCAACUUUUAGAUGAUUGGAAAAGUUUUCAGGGCAGCAAAGCAAUGAAUAGGAUGCUUCACACGCAGUAUAGCUCGCUCGAGGGAAGGGACGAUGCGCUCCGUGCCGUGCAGUGGUAGCGGGUAUUUGGUAGACUUAAAAAGUAUUGCAACUGGCUUGUAUGUAAAAGUCGUAUCCUGAUGCAAAUUUUGCUCAGGAUCUCGAAAAUUCGGAGUUUUUGUAGAGUACUGACCUUGUAUUUUUUUCAAAGUUCUUUUUUUACUUGUGAGCACUCCGCCGAUCAUUUUAUUUAAUAGUUUAUGAUCAUCUAAUAUUAUUUCGUUUUAU